UUUUAGGCUUCUAUUCAACGCUAGCUUGGAAAUUGGAAUGUGAAUAAAUUCGGACCAAGUAAAGUAGUUUAGUAUUCUCAAUAACUCCAACAGUAGUGGGAAGAGAGAGAGAGAAUCUUAGGAGGAAGAGGAAUGGCGACGAAUGUGUCAGAGAAGCAAGUGAUGGUGGUUGGAGUCGACGACAGCGAGUUUAGCCUCUACGCUCUCCAUUGGACUCUCGAUCACUUGCUAUCCCCUGCUUCCAAUUCUACCUUCAAGCUUGUUCUUUGUCAUGCCAAACCUACUGUUUCCGCUUCUGUCGGUUUUGUUGGCCCUGGUGCUGCUGAGGUCUUACCUAUUGUCGAUGCUGAUUUGAAAAGAACCGCGGCCAAAAUCACCGACAAUGCUAAAGAAAUAUGCAAGAACAAAUCUGUAAAUGACGUAGUAGUGGACGUGGUGGAAGGUGAUCCUAGAAAUGUUCUCUGUGAAGCUGUUGAGAAGCACCAUGCUUCAGUGUUAGUUGUGGGUAGUCAUGGUUAUGGGGCUCUAAAAAGGGCGGUUUUAGGUAGUGUAAGUGACUAUUGUGCUCAUCAUGCACACUGCAGUGUCAUGAUCGUGAAGAAGCCAAAGCCCAAACACUGAUCUUGUUGGCUGUGAUUAAAUAGCGGCAUUAAAGCAAUGAACAUAAAUCUUUUCAGCCAAAAGGAAAAUAAAUGUUCUUAAAAAUUCAUAGCAUAUCGUUUGCACCAUGCCUCGCUGACUUUAUGCUUUAAGGUUUUACUUUUUUAUUUUCAAAGUUAGAAUCGACAAAUAAUGUAAGUAAGCACAGUACUUUUUCCCUUCCCCGCCACCUGGUGGUGCUUGGUUUAUUUUGUUCAUGAGAAAUUUUUAUUAAUGUUAUUGUUCUGCGCCUAUAACUUGUGA